UUUCAGGGGAGGAAUGCGAGGGAAAAGAAGGUGGCAUCGACGGGGAGGAGGGCGACUCCCUGACCUCUAGCCCAAGACACCGCCGGGACAGUGGAAGUGUAGCGUCGCGCGAGGGACUCUCCCCUAAGAUGUCACCCCGCCACUCCCCUCGAGAGUCCCUCAACUCCUCCCCGGCUCCCCUGGGGUCGCCGCGGGCCACGCCCCCGGCACUCCGCCCACUGACAUCACCUCCCUUCAUGAGAGUCUCCGACACCGAGGCCGAUAUUCUCGACUUCUCCCUGCGGCGUUCACCGGCCUUCAACAGGGAUGACGCCCUCAGCAUGUCCGCGAGGUCUUCCCUUGCGGGGUCGCCACCACCUGGCUUCCAUCGCCUCGGUGACUCUCCGCUGGACCUGUCGGUGCCCCGCAAGAGGGCAGCAGAUGCCCUACUGGAAGCGGCACAGGGCAAGAUGCACCAUGAUCUCGCCAAGGGCUUGGGUGCUUGGGGCAUCCCUCUACCACCCCACCUAGCUAGCGCCAUGGCCCUCAGGCCUGACUUGGCAGCCCUCAAGCCGGAGCUGGCACUCUGGAAUGGAAAGCUUAAGAGUGAUAGCUUAUCCACCAAGCUUCCCCCAUUCCCCAUGGGCGCAGUGUCUCACUCACCCUCCGAAGGUUCCAGAGCCUUGGAACGGAUGAGUGAACUGAGUAAGCUGGGCGGUGACGGUGGUCUGGACUUGUUCAGGGGCGGGUUGAGCGGCAGUUCGGGUCGGGCGACGGCUUGGCAGAGCCACUGGCUUAGCAAGGGUCAGGAUGCUACUAAGGACGUGCUUAAGUGUGUUUGGUGUAAAGCUUCAUUUAACACUUUGGCUGAACUCACGACCCACAUGAAAGAAGCCAAGCACUGCGGGGUGAACCUGCCGCCCCCUAUCCCACCGCCUUCUUCCAGCGCCGCCUCUAUGCACACCCACCUCCCGCCCCAAUACACGCCCACUAAGACGCCCACCUCAAAACCGCCUUCUUCCUCCUCCUCUAUUGCAUCAGGUUCUUCAUCCUCCAGUGACCUGAUGUCGAGCAUUAAGGAAACAAUGCCGCUUCCCCGGAAACUUGUGCGUGGUCAGGAUGUGUGGUUAGGCAAAGGUGCUGAACAGACCCGUCAAAUCCUGAAGUGUAUGUGGUGCGGCCAGAGCUUCAAAUCUUUGGCCGAAAUGACUCAACAUAUGCAACAGACACAACAUUACACUAACAUAAUCUCUCAGGAGCAGAUUAUCUCAUGGAAAUCCCCCGAGGAAAAAUCCAGUAGCCAAAGCCACGUGAAUGCCGUUCUUACCUGUAAGGUGUGUGACCAGGCAUUUGCUUCGCUCAAGGAACUUAGUAAUCACAUGGUGAAGAAUGCGCACUACAAGGAGCAUAUCAUGCGAUCCAUCACAGAAUCUGGAGCACGGCGGAGGCAGACCCGGGAGAAACGCAAGAAGUCGUUACCUGUCCGUAAACUUCUGGAGCUGGAGCGGGCCCAGCAGGAGUUCCGUGCAUCAUCGGACGGCGGUAGGGGCAUCAAGGACCAGUCAGGGUCAGGACGUAUCUCGUGUGAAAAGUGUGGCGACAAGAUAGAAACUCCUCUAUUCGUGGACCAUAUCCGCAACUGUGUAGGCGCCUCUUCCCGCGACUUGCUCAAGUCAGCGCUGCUCUCCCCCGACAGCGACUACAGCAACAAGCUAGACUCUGCUCCUGAAACAGACAGUGAAGGUAAGAAGACCCCCGAGAAAACCCCCCGUGAUAGCCCUAGGGAAAAAGACUUUGAUAAGCCAAGGGGUCGUGGUGCUUCUGAAUCUCCAUCAGUCUUAAAUGCUCUCGAAAAACUGAUCGAAAAGAGUUUUGAUUCGGGUAAGGCAAAACCCGGCGCCGGGCCCCUAGGGUCUAGUAUUCUCCGCCGGCUUGGUAUCGACGAGAGCGCUGAUUAUUCCAAGCCACUGAUGGACCCCCAACUGGUGGGAAUGUACGCCACUUUCUCCCGGCUUCACGGUGUACCACCCCACGGUGCAGGGGCACCAUCCACCUUCAAUUUACCCCCUUCGUUUGGUUCGAGCGACAGAGGCUCGGGGUUGCGGGGCCUCGGGGACUCCAUGAUGAGCCCAAGUGCAGACUCAGACACUCGCGACACAUUCCCGCGGUCACCGUCGCGGCCUGGGUCGCGCCCGGCCUCCACGGGCUCCAUAACACGGGACGGUAGUGGCAGCGAAAGGUCUCUGGAGCUGCUGAGACCAGACAGCCACCCCGCCGCCACACCCGAGGAUAUCACACCUACCGAGAAUGGCGCCGAUCAUUCUGAUAACGAACAUGGCAGUCUUUGUGGCAGGGAGGAAGUGAAACAAGAACCUCUGGAAACAAACGGAGAGAUUAGUGACCGGGAAUCUGUGUCUGUCAGGGAGGAUCUCAGAGUGAAGGAAGAGAUACGGGUUAAAGAAGAAUUCAAAUUGAAGGAGGAAGGCGAUGAUGAGGAGAAUGACCUGACUCACGAUGUCGGGCGUGAGUCUCCCGCCGGACGCCUGAUGGGGUCCCCGGCGGGGUGCAGUAGCAGGUCCGGCACCCCCCACUCAGAGGCCAGUGUGGGUGGACGCUCAGGUUCUGGCCUCGGGGCGGCUGGGCUGGGCGGCCUCUCGGCUCUGCUCGGAGGUGGGGGCGGAGGCAGCUCCUCACACCCUCUGGCGGCGCUACAGAAGCUGUGUGACAAGACAGAGACGCAGCCGCGGCCGCCACCAGUGAGCGGAGCGUCCAGCGGACCACAGACGAACCCCGGAGCAAUUCUAGCUUUUUCUUGGGCGUGCAAUGAUGCAGUGACCGCUGACAGCAUCAUGAAGUGCGCUUUCUGUGACACUCCCUUUAUAAGUAAGGGCGCUUAUCGACAUCAUCUCUCGAAGAUGCACUUUGUGAAAGAUGGUGUAAUUCCCGAGAACGCGGGCGGGAAGGCGAGCAGCGGCAAGCCGCCACCGCCCACCGGUAAGGCGGCCACGCCCCCCGCGCCACCUGUGGAGGAGUCUCCCCACUCCAAGUUCCUGAAGUACACGGAGCUGGCCAAGCAGCUGUCCAGCAAGUAGUGCCGGCCGCUGCCCCGGGGUGGCCGCCCUCCCCAAAACCCCCACCCGCGCCCGCCAAAGACCCCCCGCCCCCGCCCGCCCCGUGUACAGUGUGGCGUGGCUCGUGUGUACAGUGUAACUAUUUAUCCUUCGUGAGAGCUUGGUGGCCCCUGUAGUCUUGUGAUACCUGGCAGCUUGGAGGCGGCGGCGGCCGGGGUCCCCCUCAUAUCACCCGCCGCCCGGGACUGUCACUACCGGCGGGCGCUGCUCCCGUCCCCCGCCCGCAGGAAAGACACGUGCCAACAAUCAAAACAACCCGCAGAGUACAAAGUGUGUGUUGUGGGCGGGCUGGGUUGUGGCCACGCCCGUAGUAGCGAGGGAGCCCGCGCCCACAGCCGGCCCUGGACCACCGGGUGCCAGGGACCUGCAGGCGGCCGCGGGAGGGCGCGGCGCCCCCUGCCCCUCGGUGCGCCCUCGCCUCACGCUGUGUAUCCUCACGCUCGCGACGAUGUGAUCGUCCCGGGCCGUCGCAAACUGUUAAUCGCUCACACUCGCUGUCACUUUUUCACAUAGGUAUUAAUAUAUAGACGAUAUAAGAUUAAGCUGACAUGGCAAUGAUCAAAUUGAUUGUUGAUAAUUAUUUGGGAAACAUCAAUGAUGUAUCAAUAUCAUCCUUUUUACGAUAUGCUGUCUUUGACUUGCUGAAAGUGAUCUCAAUGCUUUAUUCCUAGUGUAAAGAAUCGCGCCUGACCAACAGAACUGUUCUGCGAGGCUUUGGAACCCCUAGCCUGGGUCCUAGCGAGAGCAGCGUCCCCCCCCCCCCCCCCACACCACCACCAGCCUCGCCGUCACCCCCUCCAGCAGGCGAGCCCUCGCCGGCUCGCCCUCCCUCAGCUCGCCUCCACCAGGCAAACGCCCUCCCUCCAACCCAACCAAUUGGCUGGUCACCCAACACCUUCACACAGACAUCACUAGUUUCAUCCCACGAACUGAUGACACAGCUACUGUGAGAAGCCUACAACUUGAUCACAAGUUGUACCUGUGUACAACAACCCUUUCACAACACUACACAACCCUUUACUAACCAUUCUUAUUAUUAUUAUUAGGUUGUCAUUAUAGUUUCCACUGACAUUCACAGUGGCAGAUCAUGAGACUACACAAGCAUCCUAUGAGUUUGGCAUCUCAAGAACCGUCGACACACAUCAACAUAUUAUAUAUAUAACCGUCGACACACAUCAACAUAUAUAUAUAUAUAUAUAUAUAUAUAUAUAUAUAUAUAUAUAUAUAUAUAUAUAUAUAUAUAUAUAUAUGUAUCUUUCUAGUGUGCCUAUUGUUGUGUCUCACGCAGUAAUUGUGCUUAGUACCGACACUGGUGUCGCUAGUAGCACUACUGUUAUCAUGCCCAGUAGCACUACUGGUAUCGUGCCUAGUAGAGCUACUGGUACCGUGCCUAGUAGCUCUACUGGUAUCCUGCCUAGUAGAGCUACUGGUAUCCUGCCUAGUAGCACUACUGAUAUCCUGCCUAGUAGAGCUACUGGUAUCCUGCCUAGUAGAGCUACUGGUAUCCUGCCUAGUAGAGCUACUGGUAUCCUGCCUAGUAGAGCUACUGGUAUCCUGCCUAGUAGAGCUACUGGUAUCCUGCCUAGUAGAGCUACUGGUACCGUGCCUAGUAGCACUACUGGUAUCGUGUCUAGUAGAGUUACUGGUAUCGUGCCCAAUUCUCUAUUUUCUAAUCAAAGAACACUUUUUGGGCUUCUGGGAAAAGCUUACCUGAACACGUCAUUAGCGAGAAUCUGAUAAUUCCGUUUAUUUUAGUUUUUUCAUCAUGACUGUCAAUGCGUGGGAGCAGGAGUGUGUGUGUGGGUCUCUGUGCAAGGUCGCUGACCUACCGUAGCUCCGCCUGUCUACUGCGCCGUCUCCUUCCUCGCAGAGGGCGCCUGAUAAUUCAUCCCUAAUGAGAUACCGCCUAUCUGAAAUGAGUUUCACGAUUCGAGGCGUGAACCCCGGCGGUUUCAAAGCCAAGCCAGCCAGAUAUGUUUCGCAUCAAUCAUGAAGGCCUGUUGAUCACUGAGUCGAUCAUUCGCACAGGUCGGUCCGCUCAGCUCCCGACAAGAGCCGGAAGUCGCUAAAAGCCUGCAGUGGUAUAUACAGCGGUGUGUGUGUGUGUUGGUUUAUCUCUCACUACCCACUCACUCCUCUUCCCCCCCCCCAGAGCAUCUUCCCUCAGCCUCAACGUCAGUUGCAGCAGCUUGGAGGUCAUCUUCAUUCAUCCAAGAAUAUCAGUAUAUCAAAGGGGAUUGCCAUACAGACGAGAAUGCAAGCACACUUAAAUAUUUACAGUAAUAUUUAACUGCGCAGCACUUCUACUAUUUUGCAUCUUUAUGCUUUCCAUAUAAUACGGAGAAUGGACCUGGAACAGACGGAGAAUGUACGAUCGCUGCCGCUUUAUCUUAUGACAUACGAUCCUCAGAGUGGCGGGGUACGAUAAUAGUGCGUCUCUCCGAUCACAAUCACAUCUCGCGGAUGAAGCAUGUUGGUGGGUUGCUAAGGCGGUGCCGGCGGGGCUAAUUUUAGAAUGAUACAUGCUGCCAGCAAUACAAAGGGCGGAGGAGUAAGCCAGUGCACACUCGUCAAGCCCUUCGCAUCCCGCGGUAAUCAGGGGUUGUCAAGCGUGAUUUAGCAGCGGGCCGGAGCCACAAGAUGCGCAGCCGUGCGUAGUGAGGCGUCUUGUCCCUUACACUCCGGCUGCUGCUGUUGUUGGUCCUUGUCUCCCCCCCUUCCACAACCCCCCACCCAUCUUGCCUGUCCUGACCAUCCAUUACAACUAUCCAUUCUCCUCCCCAUCCUGGGGUUCAACCAGGACCCCUCCCCUCGGCACAACACCCAUAAAACCAUCCUCUCUCUGAGCUAUCCCUAGGUCAUCGCCGUCCCCACUCCCCGUCCCUCGCCCCCACACCUUCCUCACCCCACGCGGCCCUCGACGGUGUUGAGAGCGGAUGUAAAUCAUACCAGCCGCAGAUACUUGGUGUGAUACCAGCCGGAGACCGUAUAGUGACAUGCCCUUGGAGGCCGGCGAGGCCAGGCGAGAGAGGUCGAGCCGUGUUCAGACUCUCACUGAUACUUACGGCUUACACCUACAUCAUAAAAUUAAUACAAAAAGGCAUAAAUAUAGUGCAAGUGGCUGAGAGUCUACGAGGAUUAUUAGAUGGCACUGCUUAGCAAUGAUGAAGUUGCGCUUUCUCUUGUAUCAAUGUGUUAAGAUUUUUCUUAUCUGGAACCUCAUGUCAUUUACACUUGUAAAUUCGUCCGUUGAUGGAAAGCCGUAAAUCAUCUGUCAUAUCCAGCUUAUACAGUAUAAUGUAGAAUUCAAUUCGUCGAGAACACCAUUGAUAAAUUUAGUCAACCCGGUGAGGCAACUAGGCAGAGUUGAGAGGCAUAUAUAUAUAUAUAUAUAUAUAUAUAUAUAUAUAUAUAUAUAUAUAUAUAUAUAUAUAUAUAUAUAUAUAUAUAUAUAUAUAUAUAUAUAAAAUAUGAACAACAGACACAAGACAAGAGACGACACAAUCACAGUACACGGUGGAAGACAAGUAACUUAUCCCUUCUGAGUUGCCAUAUGAGAUAACGGCAUACUCCUGGAGGGAGGGGUGCUGGCUGGCGUAGAGGUAGAGCAAAUAAUGAAAAAAAAGGAAUCAAAAUGGAAAAUAUUAUUCUCGGUGAUGGCUGGUCAGGAAAAGUAAUUAGCUGUAAUUGUUUUAGGUUGUGUGGAGACCAAGGUUGCUCUUGUUUUUCUCAGCCUUUUCUCCUCUAUGGUAUACCAAAUCUCGGUUGAAAUUGUAAAUGUAAUUACCAUAUGGAUUAUUUGUACAUUGAUAUUUUUAUAGAAAUCUAUGACUUGUUUCCCAUGUGAUAUGUGACUUAAUUCCUUGGGUUGUUGGUCUUGUAUAACGUUUGCAUUGGCCUGUGUGUACUUAAAAAGCCCUGUGAGACGCUGCUCCCCGCAGAGGACAGGUUCUGCUCCACCUACAACGCUGUGGAUGUUAGUGAAGGGCUCCCGCGGGGCGCCCUCUGGGGGGGAAGCGCCCAUACGCGCCUCACACCCAACAAGGAGAUUUUGACAGUCCAAACUUGAGUGUCCAAGUGCCAAUUCAACUUUCAUUAAUAUACGUAAUAUGGAAUUUCUAUCGAGAUAAAUGGGGUCUUUCCCUGAAAUAUGAAUCUUUAUAAAUUGAUCUGUGUAUAUCUUGCUAUAAUUGGACCUAAUCUUGGUACCAUUUCCAUAAUAUUUAUGUUCUUUCCAAGCUUAAAACUUCAGAUCAAAGAUCUGAUUAUAAAUAAUUAAGAACUCUCCUUUGCCAAACUUCCAAUGAUCUUCAUUCAGGUUAUUGUUAAGUUCUGUUACCUGUUCACAUUUUUUUAUUUGACCCCCCCCCCUUUCUUUAUUUUUCUGGAGCUUAGCCAAAUAAGACCCCUCCCCCUUUCCCCCUCCCCUCCCCCCUCUCAAUCAUUCCUGUACACCCCCGUGAGGUAUGAUAAGCCUUGCCACGCAUGCCCAUCCACCACAGGGCAGUGGGCACUUCUACCACCACCACCACCACCACCACCAUACUUAAAAAAAAAGAGUUCAUCGAGGAACAACCAUUGUGUUUGGUAGUGUUGGUUAUCAACAAUGUCAUGUGUAAAAUUUUAAAAUAGACCAAAAAAAAAAUCCCAUUAUACAAUUACAGUUUUGUGAAUCGACGAAAAAAAAACCAUACAAACAAUAAGUGUGUGUGUGUGUGUGGUGAUUUGUGACCAGCCUUGAUGGACUUAUGCAUUUUUUAUGUUUUUUUUUAAUUAUUAUUAUUAUUAUUAUGAUUAUUAUUAUUAUUUGUGUCAAUGUGUGAUUGGCGGGGGUGGGCCCAGCACGCCCCCUCCCAUGUGAACAGCGGUGCAUCUCUCCCACACUGCGCUCUGUGCUACUCUGAGUUAUUUGUUUUUGUACAGUUCAAGUCCCUAUUUGUAAAUUAUUGCGUUUUCCUCUCUUGAGCUUCCAGUUGUAAAGUUACAAUAAAUGAAAAUAAAGUAUCUGGAGUGGA